AUGUACUGCUCACUACCUCCAGCCUCUCAAUUCAUUGAGCCCUCCCAACUAUGUCUGGACACUCAAUUCCAUGAAACACUUUUUCCAGACCCUCAAUUUCCCAAUUAUUUUCAUCGUUUACUUAUUUUCCCAUAUCCUUUCACUUGUUGUUUUUUUCCGUUCAUUAUAUUCUUUCUCUUCUUAUUUUUUCCUCCUGCUUAUCCAGUUACACGGCGUCAAGUGAUUAGCAUCCCACAGAAGACAUUGCAUUCAUCUCUCUCUUUUAUACACCAUCCAGCAUUUUUGGGAUUUGCUAGCAUUUUUCUGCAAGAGCACUUACCAGAAAGUCCUCACCAUCCGUCUCUAAUUCGCGGAAAACACCGCCGGGAAUAUUUUCUCUUUCUCAAAGAGCAGAAGCUGAUAGGCCUGACAGAUUUCUUAACCAAAUUUAUUGAAUCCAGACUUGGCUUACAAGAGAAGGCCUUUUUUUUCUUUUCUUUCUUUUCUUUUUUUCUUUUCUUUUUUCUUUUCUUUUUUUCUUUUCUUUUUUUCUUUUCUUUUUUUCUUUUCUUUUUUUUCUUUUCUUUUUCUCUUUUUUUAUUUUUCCGACAUUUUUCAAUCGCGUCUAUCUAUCUAUCUAUCUAUCUAUCUAUCUAUCUAUCUAUCUAUCUAUCUAUCUUAGUUUGUUCAUUAUCUAUCUAUCUAUCUAUCUAUCUAUCUAGCUAG